AUGGAUUCUCUAAAGGCACCUAGUUUGACAUCUUUAAUAUCUGGAACAGAUCGCGGUUCAAGUGAUUCCCUUUUAGGAUCAUUAAAUUUGGAUUUAGAUGAGAUAGACGAUGACUUAUCAAUUCUGCCAGUUGCCGAACUUCCAUCCUUAGAUGCUAUUAUGAAUGAAAUAGAUAGUGAUUUAGAUAUUGACAGUAUAAAUAGUAGUAAUAUAUUAGCAGAUAAUAAGAGAACUAGCUACACACCUACAUUUAAUGACGAAAAACACCAAUCUGGAUCGAUUUUGAGGCAUGUAAUCUUUCAGGGUGUGACUGCACAAAUUUCAUCGGCUUCAGAACGAAUUGAGGCUGGAUAUGCUUCGGCAGUUUGCGUAUCUCGUAUGAUUGCCAUUGGUACAUCUCAUGGAUUCAUUCUUAGUUUUGAUGGAGGUCAGACACUAAAGUGGUGUUGUUCAGAAGGCCAAAAAAAGCAUCAAGGAGCUGUUUCUGCACUUUCAUUCAAUGUCGACGAUACACGUCUACUUGCUGGAUUUUCGAGGGGUGCUAUUCUAAUGAUUAACACACAGACUGGUGACGUUUUAAGGACUUUGUUGGAUGCAAUAUCACCAAAUGCUGGAGUUUUAGCUAUUAAAUGGACAUCCAGGCCAACAUUAGCUCUCUCACUUGAUACUGGCGGUUGUGUGUGGAGUUUGUCUUUCACAAGACGAAUGGGAGUUAGAGGAUGUGAUUCAAGAUGUUUAUUUAGUGGUGCUAGAGGUGAAGUCUGCACAUUUGAGCCAUUAAUAGUUAAUGACGAGUCACAUCCAUUCCAAAAUAAUUACACAUUAGUUGCUUUAGCGACUUUAAGUAAAUUUUUCAUCCUUAUGAUCCGACCACGAUUAAAAGUCAUCAAAUAUCACAUGUUGUCUGGUCCGGCAGAUAGUUUACCAUUGUUAUCAUGGCAAAUGGUUCUCAUUCAAUCAGCAGAUUCUAGUCGAAGCGUAGAUCCAGUUCUUGCAACAGCUCGUGGAUCAUCACUUUAUUUCCAUCAACUCACUUAUCAUAAUGGCCGUAUUAAUGUCACUUUCCUUCGUCAAAUAACAUUAGGAUAUAAUAUAGUAUCACUCCACUGGCUAGGGUCUAAAAAUAUCGCAUGCAUUGAACGAGAUACAGAAACUCUUCAUUUGAUCGAUGUUCGGACAAAUCGUGAGCUUGAAUCAACUGAUUUGUCAAGUUUAGGCAUUAUUUAUUCUUCUGCUCAAUUUAAAGGCAUAGCAACGGGCGGAAAUGUCUCUAAAGCUUUGGCAUUAGCUGGAACUUUUGCAUGCUACAGCACGAUAGUCUCAAAUGAUUACAACUCGACACUUUAUAUAUUAGGAAAGAAGAGUUUGCAUGGAAUAAGCGUUAGAAGUUGGAGUGACCGAUUAUCGUAUUUAACAGCAAAGAAGCAAUGGGCAGAAGCCUUUGAUUUAGCAAUUGAUGGAUAUGAAAGUACUGUUAAUAAACCACGUAGACACAUAAUAACAAAAGAGCGUAUUUUGCAGCUAUUUGAUGAUUAUUUAAAUGGAACCAAUAGGUGUCCAGAACUUUAUUUAGAAAGUGCUAUUAAGUGUCUAAUUGUGAUUGAUCGUCAUGAUUUGUUAUGGCAAGAAUUGUGGGAUCGAUUAUAUUCACAAGAAGUCUACUUGAAUAUUUUAACGCAACAUAUAUUAAAUGACAAGUUAACAUUAAUAUCUCCAACUGUUUCGCAAGCCUUAUUGGAUUAUUGGUCGAAAAGUUCUAUCGAGAAAUUGGAAGCACUAAUUUUAAAAUUAGAAUGGCCUUGCCUUGAUUUACAUCAAGCCCUCAGCUUAGUCAAGAACUUUCAACUCUAUAAAGCUCUAAUGCAUUUAAAUACAAAGGCAUUGAACGACUAUGCUAUGUCACUUGUUGAACUUAUUCCCCUAAUUAAUGAAAAUAAUGAAUUUGGCGAUAGAACUUUAGGCAAUAACAUUUUGGUUUACAUUUCAAGUUGCCUUGCUGGACGAGGGUAUCCGACGGGGGAAAUUCCUGAAAAUAUGCUGUCUAAUGUUAAGCAUGAGAUUAUGAGGAUUCUUACUGCCCAACAUUCAAAAGAUGGAACUGAUAAUGAACUGCCAUAUCCAUAUUUGCGAGAGCUGUUGAAAUUUGAUACUCGAGAAACUUUGAAUGUGCUUUCAUUAGCAUUUAUGGAGAGAGAAUUUAGUACAGAAUUGGGUUUUUCACAACGUCAAAGAAUUAUCAAUAUUUUACUGGACAUAAUCAAAGCUGACGAUAAAGAUGACAAUCAAAAGUUUGGCAUAUUAUGCAAUUUUAUGUCUCAACAAAUUACAACACAACAUUUACCUGAUUCUGCAACAUAUCUAACACAAAUUAUUAACUACAUCACAAGAGAAGAUGCUCUUCAAAUAACAUCAAGACAGCACAUUGAAAAAGAACAAACUUUUAUGAAUCUAUUAGAAACAAACACUUUGACCAGUAGAUUUACGUUUGAGGAAAUGCUAGAAAUUGCUAAUGCGACAAAAUGCUAUUCAGUAGCUAGAUAUAUUUUGGAGAAAUUAAAGAAAUAUGAGAAGAUAGUUGAGACAUUUGUAUUGAGCAAAAAUGACCAUGAACUGUUUAGAUAUAUUAUGGAAUAUAAGAAUUGUGACGACAGGAAGAUCUUCCAACAAAUCCUUCAACACUUUCAGUCGCUUCUUGAAAUGAAUUGUGAUAAAAUCUCCAAAUUUAUCAUUGAAUUCUAUCCAAUUUGCAUUCCACAAUUUUUACAGAAUACUAUUGAUGUUCCUAAAUUAAACUAUGUGUUCCUACAAGAAUUAAUUAAUAAUGGAACUGUUGCACUAGAUUCUAAUGAAUAUGAUAAAUAUUUAAAUUUGUUGUCCGAUUAUAAUCCAGAAAAUGUAUUGGAAUUUCUUCAAAAUCAAAAUCAUUUGUAUGACAUUGAUUAUGCUUUAAAUUUAUGCGAGCAAAGAAACUUGACGUCAUCAAUGAUUUAUUUAUAUGAGAAAAAAUGUGACUACAAAACGGCAUUUACUCUAAGCAUGGAAUGUUUAAAGGAAUCACCUGAAAGUACAGCAGAAGCACAAGCUUUAAAAGUUUGUUCAAUGUGCGUCCGAAUAUCAAAUAAUUUGAAUGACGCAGACCGUGAAACUUACUGGUUUGAGCUCAUUAAAGCUGUACUGUCAAGGAAUUAUUUAAGUUCUAUUGUUAAACAAGUGCUUCAUUUAUCCAGCAGUUAUGUAGAUUUAACUAAAUUAGUCCAAUUAAUCAUGCAAAAUGACGUUCAAGGAUCUGCAAAAAGUUUUGGUGACAUUAAGCAUAUUCUGAUAGGAAUGCUGACCAAUUUUGAGUAUGAAUCGUUGCUACUUAAAACUACACAGAAUAUUUUAGGGCGUGAUCUUCAUACAAAGUUGGUGAAAGAGAAACAACAGGCAGAGGCUGGAAUCUACUGUAAAUUCCUUAAAUGCUCAAUUUGUAAACGAAAGCUUUCAGAUUCUGUAACUAAUGCCUCACAAAAUGAUAACAAUCAAAUUAAAAUUUUCAGUAUUUGUGGACAUUCCAUACACAAUUCAUGCUAUGAAAAGUCACAAGAUGAAUGCACGAAUGAAAUUGAGAGUGAAGAACCAUGUGAUAAAGAUUUAAAUAAGCUACAAUGUAGUGAGUGUGGAAUUAUUAUUAAUGAGAUAGACUCAAUUUAUUUAAGCAAGACGAAUUGGAGUUUAAUUUCUAAAAAUGACAUGAACAUUGAUUUAAUGCUGAAAGCGCCAACACGAUUAGGUCUCAAUAAUAAAUUAUUGAGCUAA